CGGACCAUAUAAUUUCGGGUAUAGUUCGGAUUUAGAUAGUCAAUCAAUAUUCGAGUUCGCCCACUUUCAAGUUUCAACCCCUUUCAAUCCUCAGUGUGACGGCCCUUUUGGCGUCCAACGUUCCUAGUACUCUAGUAGUAGUCACUUAAAAAGUGUAAUUAUGCGACAUGCUCAAAAUCGCCAUUGCUAAAAGCCUGAAACCUCAAUAUUGGGUUCAGGCUCGAAGCUUAAAAAUGGCGACUGAUGCUGAGAACAAAGUCCACCAUCACUACGCUCACACUGACCCUUGCAAGGACUUGCGAUGGACAGCCAGGGAAUGUUACCAGUAUAUGUAUUCAAGGCCAUGGAAAUCAGUAAACGAUUAUUAUUUGGAUUUAGUGAAUGGGCGUUCUUCUUUGGCAGAGUUAUUUGGACACAAGGAUGUGGAUGACAUUGUGAAGAGUUCUGAUGAAUAUGCUCCGGAGAAUAAUGUCCCUGAUGAUCAUUCUGGACGAUGGGCGAGAGUGACUUAUAAGAUAGUAGUGUCCUAUCAUGGGGAGUACUUUGAUGGUUGGCAGAAGCAGCCUGGAUUAAACACUGUUCAGGAACCGGUGGAGAGGUCCAUUGGGAUAUUUGUGGAUGAAAGGAAGGCUCAACAGAGGAAAAAAAAGGGUUUGCCAGUUGAAGGGAUGGUAGUUGUUGCUGGGCGAACUGACAAAGGGGUGACGGCACUUAACCAAGUUUGCUCAUUCUAUACUUGGCGAAACGAUGUCAAUAUUGAGGACAUUAAGCAUGCCAUUAACUUAGCAGCACCCGAGAAACUCCGAGUUGUAUCUGUGUCUCAGGUAUCGCGUGCUUUUCAUCCAAAUUUUUGUGCCAAAUGGAGGAGAUAUCUUUACAUUUUUCCAUUGGGGGAAGGAGAUCGCAGGGAACAAAGUAGUGAAAUAGAGGAGACAGAAAUUUUGUGGUCUGAAAAGAGUCAGAGAUGUGGAAAAAAUGAAAUUGCUAAAGAUGAUCAUGAGGAGAAUUUCAAGGACCUUUCAACUGAAAAAACGGAGCUUGAUGGGGUAAAGAAACCAACAUCCUUCUCUGUCAGAAGAGUUGAUCAGCUUUUACAUCAAUUAGAAGGAAAGUUACUUUCCUAUAAAAUGUUUGCCCGAGACACCAAAGCUUCAAGAAACACCGGACCCCCAACAGAGUGUUUUGUGUAUCAUGCUCGAGCAGCUGAAGUUAAAAUACCUUGCUCAAAUAAGGAUCAUGCAGAUGGUAUGAAAGUAAUGUGCAUUGAGCUUGUUGCCAACCGUUUCUUAAGAAGGAUGGUUCGUGUUCUUGUUGCAACUGUAGUUAGGGAAGCAGCCGCUGGCUCAGAAGAGGAUAUUUUACUAAAACUGAUGGAAGCUACGUGUAGACGGGCUACUGCCCCUCCUGCCCCUCCAGACGGUCUCUGCCUUGUUGAUGUUGGGUAUUCCGAUUUUGAUCCACAAAAAUGCUUCAUUUGUUAAGGUAAUCCAGUUGUAUUGAUGAUAACAUUUAGUGUAACCUCCCUCAUUUACCCACACUCCUGCCAUCAAUUGCAUAUGCUGCUAGUCUGCUACUACAUACUUUAUUGAAGAGCCAUUAAUUGAAAUCUUGGUACUUUAUCUCAAUUUAACAUCCGAAUAUUCUCGCUA